UUGGACGUUUCUACGUGUGCUACACUCUAUGACGUAGCCCGAGCUGGCAUGUGAACAACAAUUGGCAAGACCCCUCUUGGACACUAUUGACUUUAACGGCAAAAGAAACUUUUCCCACGUAUUUUAUAUAAAAGGAUAUUCAUUUAUGGAAAUUAAAAUUUUAAAUUUGUGACAUUUUCGUAUUUUCAUAUGUAUUGUUGGAAGUCAGUAUUUGUUUUGAAUUGUUAAUUUACAGUAACGGUCUUAGUACUCCGGCCAAUGGGAGGCCGAGUUACUUAAGUUAAGAGUUGUUAGAACUUAAUUAGAAUUAGAAAAAGUUAUGGAAUGGUGACGGCGUUGAUGAAAUCGCCCGGGUUUCAAUCCCAAAUAUAUUUGACAAUCUGCAAAGCUAAGUUAGAUCAUCCAUGUGUAGGGGAACGUGCGGACGUUUGUGACACCAUGUUUUGUCUGUGAAAUUUUGGUAGAACUACAUUAAUUUUUUUUGUGUAAACAGCUGUUUCCCUCCAAUUGUUGUAGGUGUGUUCUUGAACAGAUUCAGAUAGUGAUGUCUUCUUAAUAAAUUAAAAACUGUUUUUUACCUAAAAUCUGUAUGAUUCAACAUUGAAAUUAUGACUGUAAAUUUCUGUCAACAUUGAACUAGAGGUUUUCCCACAAGAUGCCUUUGACUUGCAAGAAAAAACUGAGAGGAUAGUCCCAAACAUAGGCUUAAGUCAAAAUUGUAUAAAAGAUCAACAUUUGAAGAACACUUUUAAAAGUACUACAGAAAAACAAUCUGUGUUCUUUAGUCACCAGACGUCAUUCCAGUUUACAACAUAACAAUGCCGGAAAAAAAUCCACUGACUGUGGGAAAAUUCUCGGAUAUAAUGUUAAAAACUGUCAGAGAACAUCCUUACAAAACAGCUGUAUGGUACCCGUUCUGCUACCUCAUCCAGAACUUCCACGUCUACAUGUUCCUGGCCUUCUUCCUGCACUUCCUGCCGGGGUGUCUACUGGACCUGGUGCUUCGUCUCAAGGGGAAGAAGCCAAUUUUCCUGAAAAUAUACAAGAAACUAAAAAAGCAUUCAGUGUUGACACAAUACUUUGUUAACUGUCAGGACUGGAAAUUUAUCACUGAAAAUACCAGGAAUCUGUAUGAGCAGCUGUCUUCUCAAGACAGGAAACUUUUCCCGUUUCACUUAAACAUGAUAAACUGGAAUGGAUAUCUCGAAGAUACUGUUAAAGAAAGCAGGAAAUAUGUCAUGUAUGAGUCAUUUAAUGAUGACAAAGCAAAGUCUCACCAUCAAAGAAUGUCUGUGGCCGGUGACACGGAGGUGCAGGGCUUGUACCGCGACUGCGGGGUGCUCGUCACCGGGGCAACGGGCUUCUUGGGCAAGCUGACCAUAGAGAAGAUCCUCCGCAGCUGUCCCGGCGUCAGGACGGUGUACGCGCUCGUGCGCCCCAAGAGAGGUCUCUCCGUGGACCAGAGGAAGAAGGCCCUGCUGGACGAUGUGGUGUUUGACCGCUUGAAGCGCGAGCGGCCAGACUCGGUGGACAAGAUAGUGUUCGUGGCCGGAGACUGCUCUAGUCCUCGCCUGGGCCUCAGUGACUCGGACUACCAUCACCUGACCCAACAUGUCCACAUCGUGCUGCACCUGGCCGCCACGGUCAGGUUCGACGAGCACUUGAAGGUGGCGGUGGACACAAACGUGAAGGGCACCAUGGAGGUCAUCGCCCUCUGUCGCGACUGCGUCUCCCUAAAGGCUGCAGUGUUCGUGUCAACAGCCUACUCCAACUGCCUUUUUCCAUUCGUUAAGGAGGAGUUCUACGAACCACCCAUGUCUGUGGAAAACACUUUCAUUCUGCUGAACAAGUUCACUGAGCAUGAACUCACCAUCUUGGGUCCAAAGAUUGUUGACCCUUGGCCAAAUCCAUAUGUAUACUCUAAAGCAAUUUCUGAGAAUGUCAUCUUGACGCAAGGAAAAGGUUUGCCAAUAGCCAUUGUGAGACCGUCCAUAGUGGUUUCCACCCUCAAGGAGCCAAUUGUAGGGUGGAUAGACAAUUUGUAUGGCCCAAUUUCAUUUGCUGUUGGAUGUGGCUGUGGAAUUUUCCGCGUGGGAUUAAGCAAUGGAGAAGCAUUAAUGGACUUAGUUCCGGCUGACAUGGUUGCCAACUGUGUGAUAGCAUCGGCCUUGACCGGACUCUCAAGGUCUCAAGAUGUCAUGCCCGUAUACAACAUAACAACAUCGGAAAACAACCCACUGACAGGCAAAGCAUUUACAACUAUAUUGUUAAAUAUGAUCCAUGAAUAUCCAUUCAAAACAGCUGUUUGGUACCCGUACUUCUACCACAUCAAGAACUUCUACGUCUACUUGUUCCUGGCCUUCUUCCUGCACUUCCUGCCGGGGUGUCUACUGGACCUGGUGCUUCGCCUCAAGGGGAAGAAGCCAAUGUGCGGAGUGUCAGUAAUAAUGUCCGCUGCGGGCGACACGGAGGUGCAGGGCUUGUACCGCGACUGCGGGGUGCUCGUCACCGGGGCAACGGGCUUCUUGGGCAAGCUGACCAUACAGAAGAUCCUCCGCAGCUGUCCCGGCGUCAGGACGGUGUACGCGCUCGUGCGCCCCAAGAGAGGUCUCUCCGUGGACCAGAGGAAGAAGAUUGUGCUAGAUAAUGUGGUGUUUGACCACAUGAAGCGCGAGCAGCCAGACUCGGUGGACAAGAUAGUGUUCGUGGCCGGAGACUGCUCUAGCCCUCGCCUGGGCCUCAGUGACUCGGACUACCAUCACCUGACCCAACAUGUCAACAUCGUGCUGCACCUGGCUGCCACGGUCAGGUUCGACGAGCACUUGAAGGUGGCGGUGGACAUCAACAUGAAGGGCACCAUGGAGGUCAUCGCCCUCUGUCGUGACUGCGUCUCCCUCAAGGCUGUAGUGUUCGUGUCAACAGCCUACUCCAACUGCCCACAUGAUGUGGUUAAGGAGGAGUUCUAUGAACCACCCAUGCUCGCAGAAGACACACUCGCUAUGCUGAACAAGUUCACUGAGCUUGAACUGGCCAUCUUGGGUCCAAAGAUUAUUUACCCAUGGCCAAACACAUACACAUUUUCCAAAGCAAUUUCGGAAAAUACCAUCUUCACCAAGGGAAAUGGUUUGCCGAUAGCUAUUGUCAGACCAUCAAUGGUGAUUCAAACACUUGAGGAACCUAUCAUUGGGUGGAUAGACAACAUGUACGGAGCAAUUUCAAUUGCUGUCGGGAUCGGCUGUGGAAUUUUACGUGUGAGCUACUCCAAUGGAGACGCAUUAUUCGAUACUAUCCCAGCAGAUCUGGUCACCAACUGUAUAAUAGCAUCUGCUCUGGCUGGAAAUUCAAGGUUGCAAGAUGUCAUUCCUAUAUAUAAUAUAACAACAUCAGAAGAUAACCCAACAUUAUUAAAAGAAUUCUGCAAUGUGCUGGAUAAAUAUGAAAAAAAAUAUCCAUUCAAAAGAACUGUAUGGUACCCGUUCUACUACCUCAUCAAGAACUUCUACGUCUACAUGUCCCUGGCCUUCUUCCUGCACUUCCUGCCGGGGUGUCUACUGGACCUGGUGCUUCGCCUCAAGGGGAAGAAGCCCAUAGAAGAAACUGUCAAAAUUAAGCAAGAAAUGAUACAAAUCAAGGAAAAUUUAUCAUCAGGUAAAGACCAUAAUGCAACUUAUAGUCAAGUAAUUAAGAAUUCUUCCAAUCACAAGACAGCGGAACGUGUAAUUUCUCAACGGGACACGGGAAACCGCAGCCAGCCGCGUGACCUACUUAACAGUCAGCAGGAAUCACGCUGCGUCAUGAGAGACAAUGACAAAGAACGUGUCGACAGUACACCAUUCACGUUAGUGGAACACAGGCGCAAGUCCAACACAAGAGAUACCAGUGACAUUAAACGCUCAACGGAAAUGAAGAAAACACCUAUGAAAAUUGGAAUUCUUAACAUUUCCACACUUAAAAUGUUACCCAAACCAGCACCCAAAAGAAUGAAAGCUCUUUUUGUGACUCGUUUCGACCCAAGUGUACAAGAACAAGAAAUUGUAGAAUACAUUUCAAGUGAACUGAACUUAGAUCAUAUUAAAGUAACGAAGAUGAAAACUAAAUUCAAUUCAUAUGCCUCCUUCCAUGUUCAGGUUUUAGAAGAGGACUUCAGUCGAAUUAAUAACAUUGUGUUUUGGCCCAGCGGCUGCCUAAUAAGCCCCUUCUUUGGUAAAUUACACCCAGAGCAAAUCUUGAGCAACUCAUCCACUACCGAGGAACUAAACACCUCUACCUGCAACAUCGCAACUAAUUCUACUGAUAUUUCUAAGCCUACAUCUGCUCCUACUUCUGCCUUAGUGCCUGGAGGGGCUUCUCACUAGUUCAGUGUGAAACUU